AUGGCGAGGAAGGACAACAAGAGGAAGGCAAUGCCGUCCAAGAAGGGCAUCAAGCGCAAAGCAGUAGAGGAAGACGACGAUACCGUCAUGCAUGUAAAUCUAGCAGAAGUAGAUGCUUUUAUAGAUGGAGGCAGCUUGGAUCAAGAGCUGCUCGAGAAGAUGGACGCAAACAACAAGCAGCAAUCUCGUAAAAAGAAGAAGAAGAAUGCUCCUAUAGAUGAUGACGACGAGGUCGCCGGUCAAGAUGAAGACGGUUUGACUGAGGAAGAAGAAAAGGAGUUGAUGCUAUAUCUGAAGAUGAAGCAAAAGGAGCUACGAGCUAGUGGCGGUGAUGCAGAUGAAGAUGACGAGGAUGAAGAUAUGGAAGGGGAUAUGGAGGAAGAUGUUGAUGAUGCCGUCGCUGCUGCUAGUAAGAGGCCCAAGUGGGUGAAACAAGCUGCAGUCAACAAUGUGCCUGGAAUGGAAGCCCACUUGGAAAGGAUACGAUUACCAGCCAACCUACCCUUCAUUGAAACGCUAGCAGUCACAUCCACAGCACCAUUAGAAGCAACCCUCGAAACUCCAGAAGACGUACAUAAUGAUACAAAGCGAGAACUCGCUAUAUAUAAACAAGCCCUCCAUGCCGCCACAACCGCCAAAUCCACUCUAACAGCUGCUUCUAUACCAUUCACUCGUCCAGACGACUACUUUGCCGAAAUGCUGAAAACCGAUGCUCACAUGGCUCGUGUACGUCAACGUCUCUUGGACGAACGCCUACAAGUAGAACAGUCUGAAAAGGCAAAGAAACUGCGAGACCUCAAGAAGUUUGGUAAAAAAGUACAACAAUCCAAGAUACUUGAACGUGCAAAGAGCAAGAAGGCUACUCUGGAUGCUGUUAAACUGGCUCGUAAAAAGACAAAGAAUAAUAGCAGUGGUGGUAGUGAUAGUAAAGAUGAUGGUGGUGCUGACGAGUUUGAUAUUCAACUUGAACAGGCUUCUGGUAGUAGGUCUGACAAAUCAGCCACACGAAACAAACCAAACGGAUUCACUAAAGGUGGCAAUCCACGAGAUCAGGCCAAAUCUAAAAAGAGAACGUAUAAAGACUCCAAGUAUGGAUUUGGAGGUGCAAAGAGGCAUUCAAAGAGUAAUACCGCUGACUCUACAUUCUCGAUCGAGAAGAGUGGAUUUAGUGUAAAGAAGAUGAAGUCUCGAGCAUUUGAACAGGAUGGUCGCAAAUAUAAUGGUGGUGGAAUGGGAGCCAAUGGGGCUCAAAAGAAGAAGGGCUUUAAGAAGGUCGUGUGUAUUCUGAACGAGAAGGCUGGUAGUAACGCUGGAAAACGUGUAUUUGCAUCUAUCUCGCAACGCUUCCGUAAAGCCUUUCCAAACUUCCAGCUCUGGAUCACAAAGUACCAUCGCCACGCCAUAGAGCUCGCUAAAGAUGCCGUUGAGACCUUCCAAGCUGAUUUAAUUGUGGCUGUUGGAGGUAACGGGACUUUGUCACAGGUUGUUGAAGGAUAUGUGUCUGCGAACGGGGUAGAGAAGGGAUGUACGAUUGGAAUGAUACCUGCUGGUUCGUCGUGUGAUUUCUUAAAGGGCGUUCUGAACUCGAACCCAAAAGGUGCAAGUGCUGCAGUGUGGGAUGUUGAUUUUUCAAUGAGUGUACUUACACAUGGUGUCCCUGUCGCGCUUGAUGCGUGUAAAGCGCAUACCUCGCGACCCAGAGGUCAACAGGGGCAUGAGAAAGGAGCGUUGCCUGUUGAUUAUACUUUUGUCAAUGAACGCCUCUACAACUCCCCCAAACUCCGCCAACUCUCAGGGGACUCCUCAACCCACUUCUUCCUCUCUUUUCUAAAAGGUUUCACGUACAGAAACCUGCCCGUCUCCAUAACGAUGUCCGACGAGCACAACAAGACGAUGACCGCUGACUGUGACGUAUACCUCGCAUGUUUGGGCAACAAUCGAUACUUUGGUGGAGGUCUCAUACCGUGUCCGAGAGCGCAUCCAGCAGAUGGUGUGUUUGAUGUCUGGGUAGCGAAGGACGUAUCAGUGAUUGAUAUUGUGGCGAGUGUGCUACCUGCACUACAGAAUGGGACUACGGCGACGAAGUGUGAGGGCGGUGGUGGUGGGAAGAGGGUGUAUCAGAAGGCUGCUAGGGUUGUUGCGAGGCCGAGAUCAGAAAUGCCUGUGCCUGUUGAGGUUGACGGAGAGUAUGCAGGUAUAUUGCCAGCUGAAUUCGAAAUGUUUCCAAAGGCGUGGAGGUUUCUGUUGCCGAGAGCAUCGUGGCUGGCAUGA